CUUUCACUUUAAGCUGAUAAUUUGGGGAGUAAGAAUGCUUCGUAACUUGGUGGACAUAUAUAGAGGGAUUUGUUUCAUUUUUUUGAUUUUGAAUUUGUGAAGAGAUAUGUUUCACAUUUUUCAUUUUUUAACUUUGCCACAUAUGGGAAUAACUAUGACCGUGUUCUAUAAAUAGAUUCUUCCUGGUUAAUUCAUAUUUUUAAAAAAGCCUAUACCAGAAUGGAUCGAACUGUUAACUCAGGAGAAGCGUUUCUCGCCUACAGUUUGCGAGAUCGUGUCAAAGUUCACAACAUUGUGAAAUUUAUGAGCGAAUUACUAGGCAUUCGUACCUUUGACCCAGAGGAGGAUAUUUUACCGGGACAAACAUUACUCAGAAGUAUAGAAAUCGGCGUGGCGAAAUCUAAAGCUUCGUUUUUGUUUAUCAGCAAAAACUUUAUUCGGGAUAAACUUUGUCAAUAUCUGGUAGACAGUUUACUUUCUAGAUAUAUCAUCACCAAGGGAAAAUACCGUGUCAUUCUGAUUGUAUUAGACAAUUAUAAAAUUCCUCGAUUUUUGAAGAAUUUGAAUUGCAUUCAUUACCAGAAAUAUGUAGAAAAGAUUCAGACUUACAACUUGAGUUUUGUGGAGAGUCUGAUCCAGCUAGGAAGAAGUGUUUUAAGUGCCUUGAAAGGUCCACGUCAUUUAUUUCGAAGGAUUCGCCCGAGAUGUUUUGUGAAGGCCGAAAAACAUGGCGAACACAUCCUUUCCCGUCUUCGGAGUUUGAUGAAAAGAGAACGUCUCAAGGAAGAGAAUGACGAGUCUAACGUGGUAUUCAGCAUGUUUAAGAUGGCCACCAUGUUAAAACAUUGUAUUUUGUCCUGUAAAUAUGGAGACUGUCCCUUUUCUUGCAGUGGAAAACAGGUUAGGAAAUUUGAAAAGCAUCUCAAGGAAUGUUGGUACAUUCCUGUGAAGUGUUCCAAUAAGCAUUGUUUGUACACGUCACGAAGACAUUUAAUGAACGACCAUUCCACAAAAUGUCAUUUUGCCAUUGAGAAAUGUCCAAAUGUUGACUGCAAUGUCAAACGUCAACUAAGUAAAAUGUCUUCCCACUUACAAAAGUGCCCACAUAGGGUGGUUUUGUGCACAAACAAAAGCGUUGGGUGUAUGGCAACAAUGUCAUACCAGGAUCUUAACACACAUCUGAAAACAUGUCCAUGGUCAUCUCAGCUUUGUGAGAUAUGUGGCGAACAAAUAAUGUACAAAGACCAAUCUAGUCAUGUGUGUCCAUUAGGUACAGCUGAAUGUCCUUACUGUAAUCAAGAGUUCAUCAUGAAAGAUUUCCUAAGUCAUCUCAAUUCUUGCCUCACUAAAUGCGAGCUUUGUCAAGAAGAUUUCCCAAAAUCCAAAAAACGACUCCAUGAGUGUCCGAUCAUGCAGUGCAAGUAUCAGUUUUGUGAUUACAAGGACAGAAUUUUGAAGGUAGAAUUGCAUAUGAUUAACUGUCCGUAUGAACCCACGAAAUGCAUUCAUUGUAAUAAGUACAUUCUAUCAAAAUAUUUGAAGUCGCAUACUUUGGAAUGCAACAAUAUUGUGCGAUGCAGAAAAUGUGGACUCGACAUAGAAAAAUCUUCCAAAACAGUACAUGACAUGUUCUUGUGCAUAGGAAAUACAAAUCGCACAACAUGUCCAAUUUGCGUCGAACUACUUACAGCCGGUUCUAUCAAAAGUAUAACCGAGAUGGUCCUCCAUCACGAAAUGCACAAAGAAAACCCUGGUUUCCGGAAAACACGCGUCGGACUCUUGCCUGAAAAAAAAUUGGGAUCUGUGGAAAAUGGGGAGACUCCAGAGGUCACCUGCAUUGAACUUGCCCAUGGUAUUUUACAUAAUAUCGAUGUAGAUCCGGAUAAUGUAUUAGAUAGCAAGUAUUUACAACCUUCUAACUGGAGAUCUGGCAAAUGUCGGUUCCGGAAACUCUGUGAGAUGAUUGACAGAGAAGAGGACGUAAAACACGUGGUAAGGAAUGGACAACACAAUCAUCUUCAAGUUCAACGAACUGUUUCGUGUGUCUGCCUUAAUGACAGAUCUUACAUUCUUCAUUGACAUAUUUAUACUUAUUAUAUGUUUUUUUAAUGGUUUUCCAUUAUACAUAUGAAUAUGGUUGAUACGAGUUUUACAUUUUUCAUAUUUGUGUAGAUAAAAUUAAUUAUUUAAUUCUAAGUCGACAUAUAUUUAUAUAUAGUUUAUGUCCUUAACUGGUUAGAAGCAUUUCAACGAGCAGCUGUUUACUGAAAAUUUUUCAUAUCACGCUUACAGAAUUUCGGCUAACAGUGAGUCUUCCAUUCAAAAAACAAAAUAAGAUAUUGAAAUAUUCAAUUUUUCGUAGAUUAUAGCACGAUUUAGUUACUACUAAAAAUACAAAGCAUUCCUAGUAGACAGGGUAAAUAUUACAUCUCUUAAUACAAUUUACCUUACUCCAUAAUUAACAAGAUAUUAUAUACAUAGUAUAUGUUUUGGAGGGUAUCAGUUGAAAUUGACACCCCCGAGAUAAGGGGUGUCAAUUUCAUCUGUUACUCUCCUAAACAGGCACUAUUUAUUUUAUUAUACUUUUAAGGUCUUAAUUUCAAAGAACGUGAUAACAUUAGAGUUUUUGAAAAUGAUUUAAAAAAUGUUUCUUUGUAAAAAUUCGACCCUCCAUUGUGGCCUCAUCUUAUUCCCGAAGAUCACGACUUUUACAAAUUUGAAUAUACACUAUGUGAGGUUGGUUUCACUAAAAAUACAGCUUUUCUGCCCUAUUGAUUUUUGAGAAGAAGAUUUUGAAAGAUUUUCUUCCAUAUAAUUUCAUUUUAUUUUUUACGAAUAAAAUGUAUUAUUACCUUUAAGGAGAGAAACUUCAUGAUUAAAAAUAAAAGACCUUGUACCUAA